CACACAUCAUACAUCUAGACAUUAUCCGUCUGCAGUAUUAGUUCAUAAUCUUCAUCUCUGUCGAAUAGAGUGUCUGAUACCCUUCCCUUGAGAGCACAUCACUCUUCUCAGUGCAACCUCAAUCAAUACCUAUCUAUACAACCACCCACACCUACAUCUCAUACACACAACAAGCAACUUACACGAUGCAACCAUCAAUGCGUCUGCGUGUUGCCGCAGGGGUACCACACCCGGUUACUCCAAUGAUCCCGAAGGGCGGUGCAGUGGCCUCAAAAAUCCUCUUGCCAACAGUCGCCUGGUUAGGAGCCGCCGGUCUCGUCGGUCUAUACGUAUCCAAACAACUCCACCAACGUUCCGUCGGCUUCGACGACAUAUUCGCCCAGCAGAAUACACCAGAGGUAGAGGAGGCUCGGAAAAAGGGUCUCUUAGUUGAUCAAUUCGGCGAUCCGCGCAACAGUCUGCUGAAUGUGCUAGGUUGGACCAAAUGAAUGCAAUGCGUACAUACCAAAAUGUGAUGGACGUCGUGAAUGUUUAGAGGCUUAUCAGUCGGUUUUCUAUGUUGAGCAUAUCAGGGUUGGUGUUUUUAAUUAAGGAGUCGUGAUAUUAUCAAAAAGGCCCAAACCAUAGUUACGUUGUUAUAAUUCAAUAUUAUAUAAUUGCAUACCAUGAACCUUGAAUCCUCGCAUGGAAUUAAAUGUUUUA